GAUAAUUUUAGAUAAUCAUGUUAUGUGUUGGAUUAUUAUAAGUGUCGUGUAAUUAAGCAUAAAUAAUGUGAUAUGUGCUUGUCAUUAUUAUAUCGCGAUAACCUGUGAUCAUGUAUUACACUAUCUAAAAUAAAUAUAACGAUAACCCAAGUUGUACAUGAGAAUAAAAUUUGAGAAAAUACUUUGCUUUAAGAAAAUAAACUGAUUGUGUAAAAUGUAUAUAACCAAAGGGAUUACAAUACCGUGGAGUAUUUCUUAAAUCAUGCAAACAUAACCUUACAUUUCGGGGAAAAAUAUGAAAUUAGUUGAUACAAGAAUUUCUGAGACAACGCAUUAAUAGAGUAUAAUUUAUCUAACGGUUAUUAUUAAAAUAAUGUACUGUAUACGCUUUAAUGGAUAAAAAUUAUACUCAACAUAAGAAAACAACGCGAAAAAAAAUGUGCGACAAGUAUGUUAUCGGUUACUCGAUAUCCGAAAAAAAACGACAAAAAUUUAAUUGGAAUGACUUUUGUAGUGUUUGUGAGUCUGAAGGGUUUCUAUUAAAAAUGAUUGAUAUAAACUCUGAUCUUGAACCUCAGGGACCAUUCCAUGUUUUUAUAUACAAAAUGACAGACAAACUAGCACAUGCUGAAUAUGGUGAUCAAUAUGCCAAAGCAAUUAUCUCAAGAAUGAAAGAAUACUUCUACCAACAUCCCGAAAUAAUAGUUAUUGACCCUUUGGACAAUAUUAGGAUUUUAAUAAAUCGUUAUAAAUCAUACGAAAUCUUACAAGAACAGCUACAACUCGAUGGGGUAUUUACUCCAAGGUUUGUAGAAAUUAAAAGUAAAAAUGCUAUUGAGAAUAUAUCGCUGUUAAAAAUGGCAGGUAUUAAGUUCCCAUUUCUUUGUAAACCACUUGUGGCUCAGGGCUCCAACGAUGCGCAUAAGAUGAUGGUGAUUUUUAAUGAAGGGGGUGUGAAGGAUUGUCAGCCUCCUUGUGUGGCUCAACAAUUUGUCAACCAUAAUGCGAUUCUUUAUAAGAUAUAUAUAGUUGGAGAAAACUUUCACGUAGUCGAAAGACCUAGUUUCAAAAACUUUUAUGAAGAAGACUGUACUGCAUUAAACACAAUAUUUUUUAGUUCUCAUGAUAUAUGUAAGAGCGAUUCCAGGUCUAAAUGGUCAAUUCUGACAGAGGAAGACAUUCCAUUAACCGUAAAACCAAAACAUGAAAUACUAGAGAAGAUUGUUAAGAGAGUUACGGAACUUUUUGGAUUGCUUUUAGUUGGUGUGGAUGUUGUUAUUGAAAAUCAUACCGGAAAAUAUGCGAUCAUAGAUGUAAAUAUGUUUCCUGGGUACGAUAGCUAUCCUAAUUUCUUUGAACAAUUAAUAAGCUGCAUAAAGAAGCUAUCAAUUGAAAACAGAGAUUUGCAGCAGCAUUCUAAAAUUUAUACACUAAAAAAGUGUUUAAGCGAUGACUUGGAUUCUGGCUUUGAAAGCGACGAAAAGAAAAAAUAUUCUACAAAGAAUAAAUAAUAUAAAUAACAAGAAAGUGAAGGAGAUUAAUAAAUAUAUCAAACUGAUAUUCCAGUUCACUAUAUUGUAACAAGUACAAAAUGAUAUUAUUUGAUGAAGCAAUGUAUGCUUUUUUUAUAAUGAUUUAUUUCAUGUUUACCCUUGACGGUAUUUGAAACUGUUAUAGCAGAUCUGCGUUUUGUGACCUCGCUACUUUCUAACAUUUUUGGGUUGUUUGUUCAUGGUACAUAGUUAUAGUAGGGAAAGAUUAAUUUUGUUUAUUAUUAAUAUUGACAUUUUUUUAAUAAAUUUUGCCCAUUAUGGUAAGAAACGCAUGACUGCCAAAGAAUAUUUUGUACUUUUCACUUGUAUACUAUAUUUGCAUAAAUGGUUGAAUAAAACACCUCUGGGAUUAAUAUAUGUAACGUA